CUUUUCUCCCCCAUAUAUUUCUGUUGCAUUUUCCGUUUGCCUGCUGCUCUCUUUUUGUCUCUCGCUCAUGUUUGUCGGUUGGUUGGUUCGAGCUGUCGGAAGCAUCGAGUACGAAGUCAUCUACACUAAUCUGGCGGUUACUAUUGCGGGUUAAUUAGGAGACACUCGUUCGCUAUUUGACGUUUUGUCAGGACUCGCCAAGUCGCGGUAGAAUAUUCUCUCAGUUACAGGAAAUCCCUUUGUCACAGCCGCUCGCUACUGGGUUUUUUUUUUUUAGUUCCAGGUUCGACGUCGCGGCGCGGCGUCUCGUUCAUGAGUAGUCCCCAUGGAGCAAGACGCGAAUCUUAGCGCAUAUCACGGAGGGUCGGACAUGGAAUUCGACGUGUCGGCGAGAAACCUCGACGCAGAUCCAUGGGGUAUCGGCGAGUUCCAGGUUUCAUCUAUUGAGGGGGCGUACGAUGCACUGUUACGAGACUUCGCGACACCUGACAGUUGUAACGCCGCGGCGGCGCCUGCUAUCGGCGGCACGGCACCUGCUGCGUCGGCAGCUGCUUAUCCAGGCUCGUUUAAUAAUGACGGGCCUCCAGCGGUUGACGACGCGUGGAGGAACGAGCAGGCGUGCUUCGAAGAUCCUCACAUGCGUCCUGGAUGGAAGAAUGAGCAGAAAAAUACAGAUUUCGUGACGUCGGGAGGAAUACAGAGGCCGGGACUUCUGCAGCAGCAGCAGCAGCAGCAGCAGCAGCAGCAGGGUCAAGAGAAGGGACACGAGCAGCAGGGAUUGCAGUGGGGAGGGUACACUUCAGAUGCUAAUGAUGGUGGUCCUGUGAAGCCCACUUCUAACCUGCAACACUCAUACCUCAAUGGCUUUCGCUUGGACGCUCAAAAUGCAAGUUUUCACGAGCAGCAGCAUCCUCGUGAUCAGCAAUACCAGGGCCAAUGUUUGAGCCAGCCCCAACACCAGAAGCAGGAGACGCAGCAGCAGCAGCAGCAGCAGCAGCAGCAGCAGCAGCAGCAGCAGCAGCAGCAGCAGCAGCAUGAGUGGCAAGAUGAACCGCAGCAGCAGCAGGGACGGCAGCAGCAGCAGAUGCAGGAACAGAUAAAACAACAGGGGAGGCAGGAGCCGCAGUGGGUGGAAGAUCAUUUGGUGCGGGACGACAUGAUGAUGCAAGCCGCAGUGGGUAGUAAGCGACAGAGGGAGGGGGGACAGCGGGACGACAGAGGCCUAGGGCUUCUCGCCUUGCAAGGAGCGCUUGUGAGCAGAAGCAGCAGCGAUGGUGGGAUGAGGAGAGUCGGACACCAGCACCACCAGCAGCAGCAGCAGCACCAACAGCAGCAGCAGCACCAACGGCACUCCCUCUCGGCGCACCGCCGUCAGCAGUCCUUCCCCCUGCCGUCCCGUGCCAGCGUGGAAACCGAGAGCGCCACGUCAUCAUGGACGUCAUCGGGUGCCGUCAGCGAAGGGCGGAGAGUGGGGCAGCGCAGGGGCCGCCCAGGAAUGCUGCUUGAGGACAGCUCGAUCGCCGCGAGCCAGCCAGGAGCCAUGGGCGGUCGCAACGUGGGCGGUGGCAGCAUGGGUGGUGGCAGUAUGGUGGCAUGUGACAGCGACGCUGGGAGAUCAAGUCCCAUGGGGUGUGGUCAUGAUGAGGGGGGGGCGCAUGGGGACGCCAGGCGCAUGGUACCGCCGCAGACACAUGGAUUGAGCCAUCAUGUGGGCUCUCAGCCGGGUGCGAUGGGGUAUGAUGUGGAGUUGGAAAGAGCAGGCAUGGCGCAUGUGGAAGGGCAGAGCCAGCAGGAGCAGCAGCAGCAGCAGCAGCAGCAGCAGCAGCAACAGCAGCACCAGCGGCAUCAUCAUCAUCAUCAUCAGCACCAUGGGGCCAUGCAUCUUGGCAUGCCUCCCCAUGGCGCACCGCAUGCAGGCAUCACCGCCAGCGCACCAAGUACUGGUAUUCACCUGCUGCAGCAGCAGCAGCACCGUAGCUCACACAUGUCCCCGUCCCCUUCCAUCUCUCACUCCCACUCUCACUCCUCCCCUGCCGCCCUGCCUCUCCGUUCCACCCACUCCCCCUCCCCAUUCCCCCUGAUGCCCCAACCUUCCGCCACCGCCGCCUCCUCUCUCCCCCCCUUCCCAACUCACCUCCACCCUGCACACGCGGCCCUCUUUUCUACCACACCUGCCACAGUCACAGCUGCUGGAAACCAUCUCCCUGCCCCUCUUGCUGCCCCAUCCCUCUCCCCUUCCGCCACUGCUACAGCUCCCGCUACCCCCCCAAUGCCCCCCUCCUUCCCUCCCGCUCACGAAACCCCCUCCGCCGCCCCCCCCAUCUCCCCCUCCGCUCUCCUGGGCGCGCUCUCCUCCCUCCAGUCGAAAAUAUCCGCGUUACAAGUGCUGGUCCCGUUAGUAGCGCAAUCCGCGCCGUCGCGUGCGCUGCAGGAACAGCAGGAGGUGGCGGCGGUGGGAGUGGCGACAGUGAUUCAGCAGGUGGCGGCCGCGGCUGUGGGGCUGCUGCCACCGCACCUGCAGCAGCAGCUGGUGGUGCCGGAUAUUGCAGGGGUUGUGAAUGGGGGGAGUGGGGGGGUUGGGGCACCCCAGAACCCGUACCAGCAGCAACACCUGCAGCUGCAGCAACAACAACACCUGCUGCCGCCACACCAGCAGCAGCAGCAGCAGCAGCAGCAGCAGCAGCAGCAGCUGGUGGUGCCGGAUAUCGCAGGGGUUGUGAAUGGAGGAAGGGGGCUUCUUGAGGCGGCCCAAAGCUCGCAGCAGCAGCAGAAGCAGCAGCACCUGCUGCCACCGAACCUGCAACAGCAGCAACGCCAGCAACAGCAGCAGCAGCAGCAGCAGCAGCAACACCAGCAGGGGAGAGUAGGGGUUGAGUUGGUGGGCGGAGACGGCAUGUUGAACGGAAGUGAGAGAAUGGAGAUGGGGGGGGGAGAGAGCGGGCAGGCAAAUGGCCAGUUUGGGGAGCAACAACUGCAGCAGCACCAGCAGCACCAGCAACAACAACAGCAGCAGCAGCAAUUUCAGCAUCAUAAUCAGCAUCAGUAUCAGCAGCAGCAGCAGCAGCAGCAGCAGCAGCAGCAGCAGCAGCAGCAGCAGCAGCAGCAGCAGCAGCAACAGGAGCAACAACUGGAGGGCAACCUAGAAGAAACCGAUCAGGAGGAGCAGCAGCAGCAGCAGCAACAGCAUCUGCAGCCACAGAUUGAGUUGCUUCGAAGGCUCCUGGAAUCUCGCAGCCAGCAGCAGCAGGCAGGCCAGCUGCCAGCAGCAGAGGGCGGGAUGGAGACUACAGGCCCUCACGUGGGCAGCGGCAACUUGCCCGAGAGCCCAGGGGGUCAGGGUGGUGGUGAUGGCGAUGGUGAUGGUUGUUGUGGUGCUGAUGUUGGUGGUGGUGAUGGUGGUGGUGAUGGUGGUGGUAGCUUGAUGCGUGCUCCUGUGAAGGAGGAAGUGCAGGCUGCAGACGACAUCAGCACGGGUGGAGACACCAAAGUCGCGCCCAUGCCAUUGCAUGCUGGUGGCUUUGCCAUGGCAUCUCGUGGUAACGCCAUGGCGGCAUGUGACGACGCCAUGCCCCCCAGUGUGAGUAUGGCUACUGCCAGCAUCAGCCAGGGCGGCAGCAGUGGCAUGGGCGGCAGCAUUCUGGGCGGCAGUGGAAUGGACGGCAGUGUUUUGGGCGGCAGCAGUGGCAUGGGACUGAGCAGAAGCAGGGUGCGAGGGGGCAAAGGAGGGGGUAGGGGAGGGGGCAGGGGGGCGGGUGGCGGAAGAGGAGGCAGGGGGAGGCUAGGAGGGGGAUGGGUGGCAGAAGGGCGCGGAAGAAAAGGGGGAGGGUGUGGGGGACAGGUGGGGAGAGGGGCGGGCUUCCCAUUUGAAGUUAAGAGUGAGAGCCAAAUGCGAAACGGGAGCGAGGAGGAGGACGAGGAAGAAGAGGAAGGGGAGGGAGAGGAGGAGGAAGAGGAGGAUGAGGAGGGGGGAAGCAGCAAGGGAGGAGCGGCGGAGCGAAGAAGAGGCAGUGAGGGGGUGACACGUGGCGGGUUUGAAUUGGUGGAGCUGCAGGUGGAGGAGCUCAUGGCGGAGCACACCCUCUUCUGUGAGGUGUGCGGCAAGGGCUUCAAGCGCGACGCCAACCUGCGCAUGCACAUGCGCGGCCACGGCGACGCCUACAAGGCCGCCACCUCCCUCUCCCGCCCCGCACUCUCCGCCGCCCGCUCUGCCGCCCGCUCCGCCGCCCGGCCCCAGCGCUACAGCUGCCCGGAAUUCGGGUGCAAGCGCAACCAGCAGCACCCGGACUUCCAGCCCUUAAAAACCGUGCUCUGUGUGAAGAACCACUACCGGCGCACGCACUGCGCCAAGCAAUACACGUGCAGCCGUUGCGGCGUGAAGCAGUUUGCCGUGCUGGCCGAUCUGCGCACACACGAGAAGCACUGCGGCCGCUCGUCCUGGAAGUGCUCCUGUGGGUCGUCCUUUAGCCGCAAGGACAAGCUCCUGGGGCAUCUCUCCCACUUCACAGGCCACCAUGCCAUUGCUGCCGGCCCCUCUGACCUCCCCCUGCCCGCCCUCCCUUCUGCUACUGGUGCUGCUGCUGCUGCUGCUGCUGCUGUUGACGCUGCCAUGGCUGCCGCUUCUGCUGCUGUUUCCAGUGCUGCAGUUGCUGAUCCUGCCACGGCUGAUGCAGCUGGUAGCGGCGGUGACGGCAGCAGUGGCUAUGGCAGUCCUGCCUUUGGCAUUUCCUAUGGGAACACAGCUGUGUCGUCAGCCCUUGUAUCUGCUGCAAUAACCGGAGGUGCAAUGACAGGUGUGCAUGCCAGUACUAGAAGUACCACAGCAGCAAUCAACAUGGCUGCGGGCAGUUCGCCUGCUGCUGCUCCCUCUGCCUUCACCACCGCCCCCUCAGCUCUCACAUCGGCUAUAGAUGGGGGAUUCUCCUAGUGUAGUUGGGUUAGGAUUUUUUCUGGGUAUUGAGCAGUGCAAUAACAACCCUAACCCCUAGCUGACAUGCCGUCCACCCGGCACGACCCCGUCAUGUCGUUUUGUUUGGGUGUGCAUUGCACCAAUAAGAGUGUUCUGUAAAGUUGAAAUUUUGCAGCCCUACGACGACGAACGUCGCAGGCGCUCAACUACCACCUCCUCCCCAACUUUGUUUACAUUUUCCGUUUCAAACGACCUCUUGCUUUCUCCUUGUUCUUUCCCGUACAGGAUCUCCGUCUCCCAAUCUGUUUCAUACUCAAAGGAAUUUCCAGCUAGUGUUUGUAAUCGUCAUUCCUAGUUUCAAGAUCUCUUCUUAGCUUGAACUCCCAGCCAUGGCUCGUUAUGCUGUUUUCGCCUUCGCCCUUCUCGCUCUCUUCGCCGUGUGCCACGCGCGGCCCGCGCCACUCGACGACGAUAUCACGGACAACAAUGUUGUUCCAGACCUCAAGGGCCUCUCCCGGGAGAAAAUCCAGGAGCUCGCGCUGACCGAUCUGGCGGCAUGGGACGAGGAGGACAACGGCGUGACCGCCGCUGAGGCCGAUAAGAUCGUUAUUGAUGAGGAUAACACCGUGGCUACCGUUGAGGAUGCUGCUGACGACUCCGACAAUACCGUGGCUGCCUCUAGCGAGGAUGUCGCCGAUUCGGAUAACUCCGUCGUUGCGUCGUCUGCCGAGGCUGUUGAUGACGACAACACCGUGGCUGUUGCCGAGCCUGCUGACUCGGACAACACCGUGGCUGUGGUUGCUGCCGAGCCCGAGGAUGACGUGGUUGCCGUGAUGCCCGAGGACAACGUCGCCACCGCCUCCGCCGUCAACGCGCAGCCGAUCGACAUGGCCAUCGCCAUGGUUGUGUAAAGGAUACUUAGCUUGAUUUUUUUAAUGCUUGUACGAAACGUUCCUUUAUUGUACUGUAUUGAGAAAUAGAAUACGAGGUUAUCCCUCCAACUUCCGAUCGUCUAUUGUUUCCUGUCGUGACGAACUAAACCAUGCAAUGCUUAUUGUGUGCUGCGCCUGAGCACCUUUCACUACCUGACCUCGUGAACCAAUGAGCGGUGUUGAGGUGAGGGUCCGUCCGACGUAACACCAGCUGGCGACAAAGAAAGGCUGCUGAACUCGAGUUUCAUCUCUACCUCUCGGCAGCAUUAAGCUCCAGCUUCCUGUGUCUCUACACUGCAGCACCGUAUCAUGUUAUUCGUCCUGCACUU